CGUCCUCUCACGUGUGACAGCGGAAGGUCAGACAUGGCGGCCUGCUGCAGAAACCUCCACAAAUGUGCACAUUAUUUACGAUCAGUGCGACUUCAGCAGAUACAAAAUGAACGGUUGCUGUCCACUUCGUCGUGUCGUCUCGCUCCCAGUGACAAACCAGGCAAAUUCAUCCCUCCCUCCAAACCUGUGAUUAUCGACAAGGCUCAGAGCGCAACGUCACAGCGCAAGUUUCUGAGUCCUGAGUUCAUCCCUCCUCGACAAAGAACAGACCCUCUCAAGUUUUCCAUGGAGCGGAAAGACAUGAUCCGCCGGAGGAAAGUCCUGGACAUUCCUGAGUUCUACGCUGGGAGUAUUCUGGCUGUGACGAUGACCGAUCCAAACGCCAACGGGAAAGUCAACCGUUUCGUGGGGAUCUGUAUUCAGAGAGGAGGGAAGGGGCUCGGGGCCACAUUUGUGCUACGGAACAUCAUCGAUAACCAAGGAGUGGAGAUCUGCUACGAGCUGUACAACCCUCGUAUCCAGCAGGUGGAGCUGUUGAAGCUGGAGAAGAGACUGGACGAUAACCUUUUGUACCUGAGAGACGCUCUGCCCGAGUACAGCACAGUGGACCCCAACAUGAAGCCUGUGCCAGCGCCCUCUACUGGAGAAGUGCCUCUUAACAAGAUGAAGGUGAGGAUGCGUCCCAAGCCGUGGUCCAAGCGCUGGGAGCGGCCUAAGUACAAUGUGCAGGGCAUCGCCUUUGAGCAGAUCCUGAGCGCGGAGCAGCUGGAGCACGCUCAGAAGUGGGCCCAGCCGUGGCUCCAGUACGACAUGCUCAAAGAGUACGACACCAGCCGCAUACAGGAGGAGAUACUGACCGAGGUGACCAGGGAGAUGGGACAAUGAACACGAGAGCAGAUGUAUGUGGAAACUACAAACAAGACUCAGAUUCAACACACAUGGACUUUUAUUUACUGUGUCAGAGUGUGAGAAUUGAAGGGUGUAUGUGAUGUUCCCCGAACUUAUUGCACUGGAAAAACAUGGUAAGAUGCAAUCAUAUACUAAUUCAGUUCAUUUGAGCAGGUAUUGAUACUAAAGUCUAAAGAAAUGAACCUUUCCUGAAUAUCUUUAGAAUGAUGUUGAGCUGUGUCAGAACAAUAUUCCAUGAAACAUAUCUAUUUCCAUGAAGAAUGUUCCGAAGUAUGGCUUGUCUAUUUCCAUGGAAUCAUGCAGGUGACAUGCAAACCUCCAGAAAGUUACGUGGAGAUGUUUCAUAAAUGGCUUUUAUUAAAUGGAGCUUCAUGUGCAAACUUGACUUUUCAGAGUUUAUCGUGUUAUAGAACAGUUUCCACGCCUCAUUACAGAAGAAACGUGCUCUGCUUUAUCUCAGGUGUUUUGUGCUGAUAUAUAAAAAAGAAGAAAAAACAAAACACUUGAGCUAAAAUGUCACCUGCUCCUUUUAGUUUCUCAGCCUUUGACGCACCCACCCACCCACACACACACACACACACACCCACACCCCCCCCCCCACACACACACACACACCCACACACACACACACACACACAGAGUUUUGCAUCCAUAUUGUCAUGUGUGCACUCCUGCCAUCACCAAACACAUGGGAGAAACUGAAUUUGUUCUGAAAUAUGUUUUGGAAAGACUGUUUCAAAUGUAAAUAUAAUUAUUAUAUAAUAAUUAACAGACUGUGCUUUAAACAUGAUUUAUAUAAUAAAAGAUCCAAAUUA